AUGGCAACUUCUGGUGACAAGCUCCCCAAAAUGCAGUACAGAUUUCUGGGCCGCAGCGGUCUGCAGGUGUCUGUCAUAUCGUUAGGAGGAUGGGUUACAUACGGCGGCUCUGUCGGCGACGAGAUCGCACAUGAAUGCAUGAAAGCGGCGUACGACGCCGGAAUCAACUUCUUCGACUGCGCGGAGGGGUAUGCUGAAGGCAAGUCGGAGAUAUCCAUGGGCCAGGCGAUCAAGAAAUACGGGUGGAAGCGCAACGACCUGGUGAUCUCGACCAAGAUCUACUGGGGCAAUGCGUUCGGCGACAAUCCCGUGAACAACGGCGGCUUGUCGCGGAAACACGUCAUCGAGGGCACCGAGGCGUCGUUGAAACGACUACAGCUCGACUAUGUCGACUUGCUGUACGCCCACAGACCGGACCGGAACACGCCCAUCGAGGAGACGGUGCGUGCCUUCAACUAUCUGAUCAACUCGGGCAAGGCAUUGUAUUGGGGCACGAGUGAGUGGAACGCCGAGGAGAUCGCCAUGGCGUGGGCGUGCGCGGAGAGGUUGAAUCUCAUUGGCCCCGUCAUGGAGCAGCCGCAGUACAAUAUGCUCGAGAGGGAUAAAGUCGAGCGACAGUUUGCGCUGCUGUAUGAGAAUUAUGGUUUGGGCCUCACGAUUUUCAGUCCGCUGAAGACGGGCAUCCUAACAGGGAAAUAUGACGAGGGCAUUCCUGAAGAUAGUCGGAUCGCUACUGCGACUGAGGGGUUCACGACCAGCCAGCGUGAGAGUUAUGGGAAUGAGCAGUGGCAGCAGAAUCUCGCUCAGGUCAAGAAGUUGAAACCGCUGGCGGAAAGGUUGGGCACGGAUCGUGCGACGUUGGCGUUGGCUUGGGUGAUCAAGAAUCCAAGAGUCAGUUCGGCCAUUACCGGUGCUUCGAAAGUUGAGCAGAUCGCAAAGUCAGUGAAAGCGUUGGAUCUGCUGCCUUUGUUGGAUGAGAAGGUCAUGGCUGAGAUUGAUGAGUUGCUGGGUAAUAAGCCUACGGUUCCCUACCGGAGGUUGUAG